ACGGCUUAGCGAAUCAAUCAAGCACCUCCAUGUCGCUGCGAUAGGUCCGACUCAAUGCAUUCAAUUUUUGUGCCAGGCUACACGAACGACAAGAUCACAGUCAGAUCUCUCGCCAGUUUACCGGUGUGAUGCAUGCUCAGGACGGCUCCCGCGGCCAGGCGAACGAAGCGGCUCGGUACCACAUACGUAGACGAUGUUAUCGUCAUGCGCCCGUGGAGCUCGAGCCUGCUGUGAAUGGUAUAAGCAGAACCGCUAGCGAUGGCGUGAAGGCAAGUACCGGGGGAUCCGGCGGUGCUUCUACGACUUCACUCCUGCGAGAGAGGGCGAGGGUCAGGGGCAGCGUGGCAGGUACAAUAAUAGGCCCCGCUCGCCCGCUUCUCUGCCUCUUUUCACUCACACCAACGUUUCACUGAGCCCAGGUAGAUUUCAGCACGCUCACCAUGAAGCACGCAUUCGUUUCCAAGCCCAUCGCACUCGCCCUGGCCCUCCUUGGCCUGGUCAUGGUCGGUCUUCACGUCAACGCCGACAUCGUCGGGGGAUGCUGUUACAACAGCGACUGUACCGGCUGCUCCGGCAUCUCGGUGAGCGCGGCGGGUAACCACCCGACUGGGGGAAACGGCUGCGCCAGCAUCGUCCAAACUGGCUCGGGCAAGAUCAAGAAGACGUGCACCGACAACAGCUGCAACUCCUGCAAGCCUGUCUUGGGGUCCGGAUGCAUCCACCAGAGUCGGUACUCCCACGCGUGUGACACGAGGCAAUGCGUGCUGAUGGCGAUAGCUGCGUUCCUACCCUACAACAGGCGACCCAAUCAAGUGCAUCAUCACGUAGGGACGCCGCAGACUGCGCGCGUAGCAAGGGCGCCAGCUCAAGCGAAGGUUCCACAAUCCCAAACCUCUCCCUCAUCGCCACCGUCGUAUUCGCUGCCAUCCUCGCGUCGCGGCAGAAUCGACUAGGCCCCUUCCCGUAGCACUUCCUUCUGCUCUC